GGAGAGACGGGUCCGUCUAUUUCCAUGUAGUUUCGGUAAUCUGCAAGUCAUCCUAAAUCGUGAUGAUGAUAUUCUAGUCAAAAAGCGUAUCGCCGUACCAUCGUCCAUUCAGUCGCACGUUUGCCAUUCCCACACUGAGGUGUGAAUUUAUCGCAGGAACUAACUAGCGGGUGUAACACGCUCAAAACGCAAUGGAUCGUUGGGUCGGAAAGGUGGCCGUAGUGACCGGUGCCAGCUCGGGCAUUGGUGCAGCUAUUGCAAAGGAUCUUGCCAAAGCCGGUAUGAUUACUAUCGGGUUGGCGCGGCGUGUUGAGCGCGUGGAGCAACUAAAGCAGGACCUACCGAAGGAAGCGGCCGGACGGCUUCAUGCGAUGAAGUGUGACGUUUCGGUCGAAACCGACAUCGAGCGAACGUUCCAGCGUAUUCGCGAUACGUACGGUGGUGUGGACGUGCUGGUGAACAAUGCCGGCAUUCUGCGAUCGGUCAAUCUGCUCGAUGUGGGUACGACGGCCGAUAUAAAGGCCGUGCUGGACACGAACGUAACCGGGCUGGUGCUGUGCAGCCAGCGGGCUUAUCAGUCGAUGGUCGAGCGUAAAGUCGAUGGCCAUAUCGUGCACAUCAACAGCAUUGCCGGGCACAGUGUCCCGAACUUCCCGAAGCUGAACAUUUACCCCGGUACGAAACACGCCGUCACGGCCAUCACCGAAGUUAUGCGUCAGGAAUUGAGAGCGGCCGCAUCGAAGGUUAAAGUGACGAGUAUCAGCCCGGGUGGAGUGCGAACCGAAAUCUUCGAAGGUGUCGAUGUCCCGGAAGACAUGGCAAUGCUCGAAUCGGAAGAUAUCUCGGAGGCGGUACUGUACGUGAUCGGCACACCACCCCAUGUGCAGGUGCACGAACUCACCAUCAAACCGGUCGGGGAAGUGUUCUAAGCGGUUUCUAAGCCGGCAUUCGAAAUUCAAAAUUAAAUUCUCACAUAUUUUGAAUGUUUGUCAUUGGAAGCCGUUAACGGCAAUUUGUGUGCGCACAAGGUCAUAACCGAAGGUGGUCAAAAUAAAGUAGGCUAUAUGUUAUAA